AUGCUGGUUAACAGGGAGAAGGAGAAAAGACAAAAGUACCUACGUCCCAUGAAGGUUAUCAAAGUGGUGCACAUAGCAAGCCCCAUGAAGGUUAAGACUAGUGCCUCAAAGUUCAGGGACCUUGUUCAGGAGCUUACUGGUCAAGACUCAGACACAGCAAGGUAUAUGGAGGUUAAUGGUGGUGAUAAUCAAGGUUCAUUUACCUUUUCUGACCAACAAUUGGGGGUUGAUAUUAAUGAUGGGGUGUCUAAUAAGUUGCCUUUGUCAAAUUCCUGUGGUGAGUUUUUGCCUUACUCAGAGUCUUAUUUCAAGCCAUUUAAUGAACAUCUUCAGUUUGAUGUGCUUGGAAGCUUGGGUCCAAUCUAA